GAAAUACAGACUUAAGAGAAAGACAUAUAUUUCGUUCUUUAAAGUUUACGAAAAUUUCUAUAAACACAAAAUAGUGCGAUAGUUUUUCUAAAAAUUAAGUACAAAAAGUUUUCUCCUAUUGAUCUUCAAAAUGGGAGUUGGUAAUGAUGUUUUAAACGGUGUAUCACGAGCGAUGUGCUUCUCGACUGACCCCGAUGGCAAUUUCGAGGGCCUUCCUGGGCUAGUGAACCGGAUCAUUUUGAAGUUCUAUAUAGCAGUUGACUUUGUGCUUGAUCGGCAGGAGACACAAUAUCAUACAACUUUGGUGAUUGGACUAGCAAUUAUUGCCAUGGCAAUUUGCGGAUUCCUAGUCACUCUUAUAAUGAAAUCUCAGCGUGCACCGCUGCUGAAUGACAUAUGCCGUGACGGGCCACCAAUUAUUGUGGAAGCACCGGAAGUCGCAAAUCCUACCAACAAAGAUGGGGAUCAGCAGCAGGAGGAGGAUCCUGAUACUUUAACCAACUCGGAUCUCUUGAUUGAAUCCCUAUCAGAGGGGACUGACGAUACUUUCUCGAGCACCGAUGCUUCCGACAAUAAUGCAUCUAUGGCAAAGACCAAGAUGACCUCUUAUAUGGCAAUAAAUGAAGGAGUGGAAGAACUUGUGGCAAAUGGUGAUAAUGAUGCUGAGUUCGAAAUACCGAUAUUAGAUCUGGAUCACUCCGAUAAUGAAGACGAUGAAAAUGGCGGCCUAACCUUGAGACGUCCACCAACACCACCACCGAAACCAUAUCAGCCAGAUGAAGUCGAAGUGGAAAUUAGGAAUUUAAACCUUGGUCGCGCCGACAAAUCGCACAAGGCGGUUAGUCCAUCUCGGGUGACUAAACCAUCCGUAGGUAGUAUCAAGUCGACUGAUGCCUCCAAGAUUCCCAAGAUGAUUCCUUCGAAUAAGUGUUGUGGCAAAAACCAGGUGGUGGCCCCACCCGCAGAACCCCAUAAUCGAGCUAAGCGUUCCCGAUCUGUGGCGAAAAGCUCGAAACAGAUUCGGGACCUAAGCUAUUGAUCUUCGCGUUUUAGUUGCUUUUAAGAGUUCCUUAUUAUACUUAGAUAAUUUUAUAUUGUUUAUUUUUUACUAGCCGUCGAUGUACACUUAAAAAUUCCGUCAAUUCAAAUAUUAACCAGUCAUGCUAUGCUGGUUAAAAAAUGUUCUAAAUUCAGAUUGUAAACUUUUUAAAGACUAACAGCUGGUUUCAAAUUGUAUGAUUAUAGUAUAAAUAUUUCGACCAAUGAAA